CAACUGCGUAUUCAUCUGGAACUGAAAACACCCAUGAAUCGGUAAGACGUGACGAUGGGGAAAAUCCAAUCCAAACAAGAACAUCGAGGCACUUGUGUUCACUUCACAACACAAGGACCUCCCGGGUACUCCCCGGAUUUCGACGCCAGCCACCAACACCAAGAUGGUAACCUCCAAAUUCCUCCAACUAUUGUAAUAUCGGAUGUGGAUUCAAGUUUAUCGGAGAACCGGGGCUCAAACUUGGAGCUGCGGAGAUCUUCCUUCUACAGCACCUUAGACCUGGUGCCACAGCUGGACCAUUAUACAAGCACACUGCCACACCAGAGUUCGCGGAGCCGACCGUCUCUGGAGGCUCUCCGCAAGGCGUUUGAUGAGGUGGAGGCAGGGUCGGAGGUAGCAAACACCACCAUGGACUCGGUCAGCAGUCUAAUCAUCAAUGACAGCGAAUAUGAAGAAUCACAAGCCCGUCAGGAGAAAGCUCCCGUUAGAUUUGGCUGGGUGUCUGGAGUCAUGAUGCGUUGCAUGCUGAAUAUCUGGGGAGUCAUCCUGUUUCUCCGCCUGUCGUUCAUCAUUUCUCAGGCAGGCAUCUUGCGGACCUGCCUCAUUAUCCUGAUGUCUGUGACGGUGACCUCAGUGACCGCCCUCUCCAUCUCAGCCAUCGCCACCAACGGGAGGGUGAUCUCAGGUGGGGCCUAUUUCAUGAUCUCCCGCUCCCUGGGUCCCGAGAUCGGUGGACCGAUCGGGAUGGUGUUUUCCUUCGCCAACGCUCUGGCUUGUGCACUCAACACUGUGGGCUUUGCAGAGGUGGUCCGUGAUCUAAUGAAGGACCUUGGUGUCGUAAUUGUCGAUUCAGACAAUGAUGUCCGUAUUGUGGGUGUGAUCACGGUGACGGUUCUUCUGUUCAUUUCGCUGGCUGGAAUGGAGUGGGAGUCCAAGGCCCAGAUAGUGUUCUUUAUAGUUCUCCUGGUCUCCUUUUCCAACUACUUUGUGGGCACAAUCAUCCCUCCCAGUCAAGAGAAACAGGCCCAGGGCAUCUUUGGAUACAACAGAGAAAUCUUCAUAUCGAACCUGGAACCACACUAUGGACCUGGAAUAGACUUUUUCCAAAUGUUUGCCAUCUUUUUCCCAUCCGCCAUCGGCAUCCUGUCUGGAGCCAACAUCUCUGGAGACCUCAAAGACCCUGCUACUGCUAUCCCCAAAGGCACCCUCAUGGCCAUUUUCUGGACUACAAUCAGCUAUUUAGCUAUAUCUUUAACUAUUGGGUCGUGUGUCAUACGGGACGCUUCUGGGAAUAUAACUGACAUUUUGAUUGGGAACACCACUGAUGGCUGUGUGGGUCUUGGAUGUAACAUGGGCUGGAACUUCACAGAAUGCAUUAAGGAAAAGACUUGUCAGUAUGGUCUGGCCAACAAUUCAAAGGUACUGGGCCAAGUUUCAGGUUUCUACUACCUCAUCACUGCUGGUGUAUUUGCAGCCAGCUUGUCAUCUGCUCUUGGCUUCCUUGUCUCUGCUCCCAAAGUCUUUCAGUGUCUCUGCAGAGACAAAAUUUACCCGUACAUUGGAUUCUUUGCAAAGGGUUAUGGAAAAAACGAUGAGCCACUGCGGGCCUAUAUCCUAUGCUACAUCAUUGCUGUGGCCUUCAUUCUCAUUGGUAAGCUGGACAUAAUCGCAGCCUUGAUUUCCAACUUCUUCUUGUGCUCCUACAGUCUCAUCAACUUCAGCUGCUUUCAUGCUUCAAUCACCAACUCCCCUGGUUGGAGGCCGUCAUUUCACUACUACAGUAAAUGGACAGCUUUGUUUGGAGCAUUGAUCUCUGUAGUUCUGAUGUUCCUGUUGAACUGGCCGGCUGCUCUCUUCACCUUCUGUAUUAUAUUCUUCCUGUUUGGAUACGUCAACUACAACAAGCCGCAGGUAAACUGGGGAUCGUCGGUCCAGGCGGGUACAUACAACUUGGCUUUGUCAUACUCCGUCUCUCUGUAUGGUGUGGAGGAUCAUGUCAAGAAUUUUAGACCACAGUGUCUCGUCCUGACUGGGCCCCCACACCAGCGACCCGCACUGGUGGACUUUGUUGACUCCUUCACCAAGCACAUAGGCCUCAUGAUCUGUGGCGACAUAAUCAUGGUCAGUCAUCCGGUCCCAACAGCUUUGCUCCAAAAGUUUAUGUCCUUAAAUACAUUGCGUUCUUAUCUUGAGAUCUUGUUGAUUUUCGGACUCCUCCAGGAGCAUGAGAGGCAGACUCGGCCGCAGGAUCCCACAGUGUGGUUGGUGAAGUGGAUGAAAAAGAGGAAGGUGCGCUCGUUUUAUACUCCUUUCACCGCAGACAGCCUCAGAAGUGGAGCUCGAAACUUGAUGCAGGCUUCUGGUCUUGGCAAGCUGAAGCCCAACACUCUGGUCCUGGGCUUCAAGACAGACUGGAGGGAGAGUUCUCCUGAAAGCAUUGAAGAUUAUAUCAGCACCAUAUAUGACACCUUUGACUCCAACUACUGUUUGUGUAUCUUGAGGAUGAUGGACGGGCUGGAUGUCUUCGACCAGUUUGAUUAUGAAGUGAACUACGGCUUUGAUCCUGACAGAUCUCUUGAAAAUGAGUCUCAGUCUCCGGAGAGGGGAUCAGUUGACGACAUCUCCACUAAAGCUGACAGCGAUCAGAUGGAGACGGUGUUUCAGAAGGACCAGGGGAAGAAGACCAUCGACGUCUACUGGAUAGCUGAUGAUGGAGGUCUGACUCUGCUGGUGCCUUACCUGCUCACAAGGAGAAAACGCUGGCACAGCUGUAAGGUCAGGGUCUUCAUCGUGGGAGAUGAACAAAACAUGGAGGAAGGCCGCAACGAGAUGAUCGCGCUGCUGAAGAGGUUCCGUCUGGAUUUCAAUGACGUCAUAGUCAUGACAGACAGCGAGAAGCGUCCGCAAGCCAAGAACCUGAGUAGGUUUGUGGACAGUGUCGCCCCCUUCAGACUGCAUGAUGAACAGCAGGAAGACAUCUCACAUGAGGAUUUGAGACAAAGUGCCCCAUGGAACAUAUCUGACAAGGAGUUUGAGGCCUUUAAACCUAAGACUGAGAGAAUAGUGAGGCUGAAUGAAAUCAUCCGGAGGAAUUCACAGCAUGCUGCUCUUGUGAUUGUGAGCCUUCCUGUGCCACAGAGUGACUGCCCCAGUGCUCUUUACAUGGCCUGGCUGGAAACUCUGACCUUCGGCCUCCACUGCCCCACAGUGCUGAUACGAGGAAAUCAGCAGAACUGCCUCACUUUCUACUGCCAGUAAAUCCUGCAUCUGAGGGAUGGACAAUACUUAUUAUAUAUUUUGAGACAUUAAAUUAAAACAAUGCCCUGGGAACAAAGGGAAAAAAACCAAGGUGCCAGUUUUGGUGCCAAGGAUGGGUUAACAAACCGAAUAAUCUUUGAACAUGAAGACAAUAUCCAGAGUGUACCCUCAUGGGCAGUGAUGGAGGAUAACACCAACGCAGUUACUUGCAUCACUGCCAUCAGGAUCAUCUUCAGGAGCUCAGCUGGUUGCCAAUGGCAACAGCUGCCAGUGAAAGCAAAGAGAAGACCAGGAGGGUUGAGGAUCCUGAAGAUGCUGCUCUCGGCCAGGGCCGCAACCUGGAACAGAACGCAAAUUAAGAUGCACCUGGACCCAAAGAGGAAUUGUUUCAUCCGGGCAGUGAGAUAAUCAGAGAUGCAGCACGGCUAUACAGACUGCGAUGUCCCUGGGAUGUUCUACUAAAGGACUGAACACCAUCCUUCCAAAAGACGAUGGUGGUGGAGAGCUCUGUCUAACACUGACGCUGUUCCCAUCGGACUUCAGUUGGGCUGAGAUCUGUUGACUGUGAAAGCCCUAAAGUCGAAGACAAAGUCAAAGUCAAAGCCCUUAUUGUGACAUGCACAGUUAAAAACCAGUUUCCCUGUACAAUGAAAUUCUUCUUAUGCAGUCGACUCUGAAAGCUAUUUAUCAAUAAGGAAAAACGAUGCAUAAAAAUCAAAAUAUAAAAAUGAAAUUAAAUAAUGAAAUAUCAAAAUAACACUAUGUACAAUGUACAAAAUACAACAACUUAUAACCUAGCCUAUAAGCCAUAGCUUAAUUGUACCAUUUACUACACCCUUAUGGAAGCUUCUGCGCCUUGGAAUCUUACGUUUCUCUCAGGUUUUUCCUCAAUGUAUCACCUGUCUAUGUAUAAAUACGGUAAAUAUAGAUUUAUGUAUUAUAGU